GGAUGAGCAGUGAGAGGGUUAGACGGAAUACACGCCAACGUGGUGCGAACAGAGAAAUUCUUCUCAAGAGAGUUCAUUUAGUUCGGUUCCCGUGAGGAAGUCAAUAGCUGCUAUCAUCGAUCCCCAGCGUGGGGUCAGCUCGACCAUCACUCUCACGCCUCCGAGGAUUUCAGUGGCAGCUUCAAAUACUGCUGGAUGUCACUUUGAUUCUGGAUGAUGUGGAGACCCUGAAUACUCUACUGAGUCUUUGGAGGCGGCGGUGGCUGGAACAAGGAAGAGCUGAAGGGAAGAGAGGGAGAAGAGACAGACUUCUGAGGUGCGAGUGUAACAGAGAGAGACAGCGAGGGGAGAGAGAGAGAGAGAGAGCGAGACAAGGACAGAUGGUACUAAGGGGAGGAGAAACACUCACACACACACACACUCUGUGGAACCUUCCUCACAGGCACCCAGCGUCUGAAGACUGCAAAGAUGAACAGCAGAAGAGCAUCCAGAGCAGGACUCUGAACCUGCUGGAGGAUUACAUCAUCUCCUGUCAGAGGUGGAAGUGAACAAGGCUGCAGUUUGUGGUUGAUUCUUCUUCCUCCCCCUGAGGUUUUAGUCUCGAUCCCAGCAGCAGGAAUUCAACAGAAGACACCGUUGCUUGGCACUCCGAGACCAUGAGCGAGACCAAGAAAGGUGAGAUAGCCAUCCGAGAUAAAGCCAUCCUCCACCAGCAGCGGCGCCUGAAGCAGGCGACCCAGUUCACACACAAGGAUUCGGCUGACCUCCUGCCCCUGGACGGACUCAAGAGACUGGGCACAUCCAAAGACCUGCAACCUCACAGCAUCGUGCAACGUCGCCUCCUGGAAGGCAACAUCACACGGCUGCGAGGAGAAGGAAGAGACCUCACAGCAAGGGUCCGCUCCCCGCUGGCCGACCAUAAGGAUGGACCGGCGGACAGCGAGGAGAGGAGUGAGAGCACAGCCGACGACUCCACGGAGGAGAGGGAGUCUCUGGAGGAGAGUGAGAGGAGCCUCCGGUCCGAUGAAGAAGACGACAGCAGUGAAACAGCGGCAGGGCCGACUGUGGGGAAGAGCGAGAGCACCAAGAGCUCAGCCCUCCUCACAGCUCUGGUGGUUCAAUGCAAGUGCUGCGAGACCGAAGUGAGGGCCUCUAUCAACACCAGCGUCCAACACAACAGCAUCUCGACCUGCUGCUGCCGGAGGCUCGGACUGGUGCCCACUCAGGACAGGUCACAUGGUGGCACCUCUGUGUCGGACCUACAGCUGCAGCUGGGCAGGCAGACGCUGCAGUGUUCGGCUUUUACUACAGACGACGAGGCAUUUGAUUUGAGUCUGGGUCUUCAAACACUGCUGGAACUUAAAUGCUGCUUGGACCUGAGCUGCCAGGUUCUGAAGCUCGGGGACGGAGAGGAGCUGCCCUUCCUUAAGGUCGCCCACGAAAGCCAGUGCCAACACGACAACAACAAGAACCUGUGAGCCCAAGCCAGUGGCACCGAUGGCUGACCCUGCCUGGCGACUGGUUGCCACAAAGCAGUGUGAUGCUGGAGGCAGGACCGUCCGACUGAAGCCGGGCGUGUGAUGGAUGAGCAUUUCUAACCAUUGUUCUUGAGUUUACAUCGCUGUUGAGCUAAGCAACCUCUGCUGGACGAGUUCAAGAUGGCGAUUUGAUAUAAUCUUACAGUUGAUCAUUUUUAUAUUUUACCCUAGCAUACGAAAAAAUUGUGUACUUGUAUCUAAACCCUCACUUGUAAUUAUUUUAAUGAUGGCGGAAUAUCACACACUUGAAAUAGUUAUAGUUCUUUUCUUUGCAUAAAACCUGGCCUUUGGACAUGGCAACAGCACAACAGAGGGGGCGGUUGAUUCCUUGGUUUGUCAUAUUCUUCAUGACGUCUCGAAUUAUUUGUUAGAAAUUACGACGUCGCUUGUGUUUGGUGAUCUGCCUUAGUGGAGCAGUUAAGUGAGCACUGAAGGAUUUCUGUCAGACGCCGUCCCAGGCCAAGCCUUCUAACCAAAAUCACAUCACAUCAACACAUGCCUGCCAACAUCUUUGGAUAUAGCUUUAUCACAGCACAGUUUCAGUCUAUGUUCAGAGAAAAACCCAUGUGGACUGACUGUUCUUUCGAUCCUCACCGAUAGCUUGUGGCUAUAGUUGAGUGUAGAAAGAGAGGAAGAAAAAUGACGUACUAUAGUGUGCCAGCUAGCAAGGGCCUCAGGGUGCAGAAGUUUUCAAACUCCAUUGUCAACAACAUUAUGAAUGUUUGCUGGGAAGACCUUUCACACUUGCUUUCAAAAGGAUCAGAUGCAGAAUUGUCUUCACUCCCAAGUGUUCUUGAAGUAAUUUGAUUCCACUUGCUAAUGAGGGAUUUAUGCACAACUGAAUAACUGAAUACAGCUGGAGCCAGGGGGAAAUUAAAAUGAUACUGUCAACAACAACUUCUCCCAUAGUAUAUUCAAUUAUUUAACCUCAAUAAAUACCGUACUUGGACAAGCUUUCUUGUAUGUUCUAGUUCAUUACAUGCACAAAACAAAAUACAAUAGAAUAUAAAAAAUAUAAUUCACAUAUAUUAAAAUAUAUAUGGAAUAUAUUAACAUAAUAUAUAUUAUGUUAGGAACAGAAGAUGGGAUGUGAGUCAUAUUAAAAGCUUCUGAUAGAAAUCCUUUGAGGCAAACUAUCACUCCUGCCGCCCAGAUGGCAGAUGCAGUCUGCAGAUCAAACAUGAAUCGUAAAGUGCUGCUCCACAGGCUGCUAUUUCAGUGCUUCAAGAAUAAUUUUAGUCCUUAAACACUGGUCACGUGGUCUCUCAGGCAGACGGCGACUAGAAAUGAGGAAAUGUAUUUUCCCAUUUCUUCUGUUUGGUAAAUCCCCCCUUUGCUCUUUCUGAUGAGGUUUCCAGGAGCACAGUGAAAAACAUUCAUUAUAAUAGUAUAUUUGACUGAACAGAAACAUUCCAUCUGCAUGACUCUGUGAACUUGUCCAAGCCUGCAUGUUUGUGUUCAAGUCUGACUGUGUCCUGUUGAAGAUGCCUCAAUUUGUCAGGAUGUGCUGACGGGUGCACAUGUGUUGGGAGUCCACGCUUCUUUUAUUUAUUUACAGACUACGUUUUCGCGUGGGACAAGUGGAGUAAAGAUCUCUCCAGACUGCUCCACGGAGUGCUUUUUAAAGCAAGCUGCCAAAACUGAAACCCAGCUGCCUUCCCUCUGCGCUGCUGUCAGGAGAGUAGAACCAUUGACCCUGUCCACAUGUAUAUGGAUACUGAAUAUACUACAUUACACGUACUGCCCCUCUCACAAACGUUCACUUUGCUUUAAGCCCUUGAUCCUUUGGGUCUUUUUAAAUCAUCCACACACCUGUCAACACUACCGUCACAUUUUAGUUGAGCUGGAAGAGUGAGACAGAAAUAUGCACGUCAGAAAGCAAAGUUUACAAGCAUAAAUCCCUACUAACUUGUGACUCCGGUGUCAUUAUUGACCGUCUUUUACAGACGACAUCUCCACCAUAUGAGAGAUAACCUAGUGUAAUUCCAUUCUUAUUUGUUUCAAAACAUUAUGGUAUUUUCCCUGUUGACUUAAUUUGAAAGAAAAGUUACAUGCGUCUUAUUUAAUGGGAGAUUUGCAGAAUUAGAAUUCUAACUGAAGCUUCAGUGGCAAACAAGUAAAGCCUUAACUUUAGCUCUCCCUAUCUUUGAUGCAUGAUGGUGAGGUAAGACUAUGUUAAACAGACCAUAUCUAGCCACCUAAAAGAGCAAAUAAAUCCUAAUAAAAUGUUCGGACAUUACUAUAGAUUAAGUGAUGUCAUUGGCUGUCUGUCAUGUCACAUGGUGAGGGGAGCGUGACUGGGUUCUACAGUAUGUAAAAGUGCAGAAGGUGCGCAAAACUUGAUUUUUACAUCAGAAAUUAUACUUUUUUUUUAACAACAACAAUAACAUAUGACAGUAUCAGAUGCAUAAUAUUAAUAAUGAAAUGAAUCAAAAUUUGAUUAAAAUAAUAAGGCACUAAUAUUCACAUGCAUUAUAUAACUGUCACUGACCAUUUUAAAGACAUAUGGACGCAUUUUUACAUUUUUUUGAGCACACAGUGGGUUCCUUUAACAUUCAAUGCAUUAAAGUGUAGCUGUUUGUUAAAAACCAUAGAAGAGGCAAACCAGGGUUGGCAACAGCAUUUGGACAAUUGGAUUCUGAAAGCCUUCACUAAGCAGUGAUGGACAGCUCCCACCCAAAUGUCCAUGUACCGGUGGUAAAGGUCAAAGGCUGCUCUCCGGCAUUUACAGUUAUUCAAAGAAACGUGUCCUUUUUGUGCUUUUAUCUUGUCAUAUUUGCUUGGGGACUUUUGAAGGCUGCAGCAAGAGAUUAACUGACCUACACUUCUAGCUCUCCUCUCAGUUGUCAACCGCUUCUGUUGUCUUGUGUUUCCCUCUGAUGAUUACUCUUGACUUUGCUGCAGUAUCCAUCUAACCUCUUUUCGGAAGACUUGUCCGUUUCCCUUUGACGUGAUGGUGACCUUCCCAGGAUGUGUGAGGAGAAGUGAUGUGUGACUGAAGUUUAUUUUUGGUGUUUCUUCUCUUCUGAACAGUAUUUUCCCUGAACAAAAAAAAAGAAUAAAACUAUACGUAUUCUGACUAUCCCCGCUUG